UCGAAAAUACAUUUUAGAAAUGCUACCAUUAAUUUCAAAUAGCUUAUUCUUUCAGGCUUCUUCCAAGGUGAAUUGCCAAAAAUAUGAAAGUCUUCUUUCUGAGCUCUUGGUCCUGGAUCCACACCACUGGCCUGCAGAACUACCCCAGGGUUAUGGCGAAAAUGAAGUUGAAAGAUUGUGUCGGCGCUUUCAGCUAAAUGAACGUAUUAUCAAAAAUGCAUUUCGAGAUUUUAAGGAGAACAACGGAAGAAUUCCAGAUGAUUUAGCUCCACUUAUUAACUGCACACGUGUGAUCCCGUGCAGUACUGCUGAAUGUGAAAGGGGAUUCAGCCAAAUGAACUUAAUUAUAACUGAUCAGCGUUCCAAAAUUUUAAUCAAACAUGCUUCAGCCUUAAUGUUUAUCAAGCUUCAUGGACCCCCUUUGAGACAGUGGAAUCCAAGCCCUUAUGUGACCACUUGGUUGCGACACAAUCAUCGAUCCGCAGAUGACAGCCGUACACGGGUGGCAGCUCCAAUUUCAAGCGACUCCCCUGACGCUCUGUGGCAGUUCCUAUAGUUGACUAAAAACAACCUGUGAUUGAUUCACCAACAUAAGCGACUAACCAGGGCACAGUCUCACCAUGGGUCAGAGGAAGAGAAAAAGAAAAGAAAGAUUUUGGCAAGAAAGAAAUCCAGGCAGUCAGCUGAGAAUGACGAAGAUCUGUCAGCAAAAUAUAACAACUCCAAUAAUUCUGGUUCAGGGGCGAGUUCCCCUCUCACAUCUCCGUCCUCCCCCACUGCAGAUUAUGCUCCAUUUUGAACAGUCUCGGAGUGCCUCCCCCUCCCCUCCUCCUCCUCCUCCUCCUCCUCCCCCUCCUCCUGCUACCCCCUACCCCUCCCUCAGCAGCCCCCCCCCUGGGGACAGAGCCAGUCGAGGAGCGCUGCUCGGCUCCAUUCAGAACUUCACCAAGUGCAGCUUGAAGAAGACUGAGAUCCGGGACCGCAGCACCCCCCAGUUCAGAUGAGCAGGGGGCUGGAGGCUGGAGCGUUCCAUCUCAUGCAAGGGUCCAUGCUGCUGCUGUUUAUUUUCACUGGACUUGUUUUGUAAUGUACAGAGAGCUGCAAGAACAGCUGGAUAUUAAUCACAUUUGUUUUGCAACAGAUAUAAAUGUUCAUAAAAAAUGAUUCUGGUUUUAUAACUUGAAUGUUCACUAGCCAAGUGUCAAGGGGAUUUUAGGGCCACCUAGUGGAGAAACAACAUCUGUUUGUAAUGUUUAAUCUUUAAUUAUUGAGCAUGUGUUUGGAUCUACUUUUAUCUGCAGUCAUUUUUAAAUGUUAAUCAUUUGAAGAGAGUUGUCUCUAGCAACAAUAUAAAACUAAGUAUGCACACUCACCAAAACUUCCUCCAACACCAUUUCCCCCCCAAGUAAGUACUAUGUGUAUUAUGGCUAAAAUCACUCCUCUUAAGUUGACAUUGUGUAGAACAAUUCAGUUAUUUUUUUUACUUACAUAAUACCCCCAGUGUUUCCUAAAACGACAAAAAAAAGUCAAAAACCUGCCUCUCUGUGAGUCCAGCGACUUCCCCUGAAACCUGCCUCUCUGAGUCCAGCGACUUCCCCUGAAACCUGCCUCUCUGAGUCCAGCGACUUUCCCUGAAAUUGCACUUGGAAGUCACAGCGGUGUAUUGAAGGUGCCUCUUGAACUUGCAUUCAAUAUCAGCGUUGCUGUUAAACUGCUUUAACUAAGGUUUGAACCUGAAAGCAAGUCACAAGAAAGACAGCUUUAUGGGCUAAAUUUAACGAACCAAUUUAAACUAGUGUUCAAAACCUACUGCAGCUUCAGCGCAGAAGCAGUGGUUGAAUGUAGCCGUUUCUAGGUUGAACCAGUACCUUCGGUUCAAAAACUAAGAUUAAAUAACAGAUUUUAUUGAUAAAGUACUGUAUUGGUGUGUCUAAUAUAUAUAGCAUCUUUGGCUCUUUGAGCUAAAAUUAUAUAUAUAUAUAUAUUUAUAACAUUAUAAAGCAUGGUUUUAGUGUUUGUGUUUUGUGUUUUUUUUUUUUUUUUUAAGACUGAAACAAAGGUUGGUCUUAAUAAAUGCUUCAUACAGGAUUCUUCAUGUCAGGAGCAGCAGACCAGGGCUCGCGUUCCACCUGAUGGAGUGGGAGUUUGGAUUUGGUCCCUGUCCUCUUUUGCUCAGCUCUCAGAUAGUCUUAGUCUCCACAGCAUCAAUGUAGACACAUUAGAGGUUACACAGUAUUUAGCACUCCAUUUGAUAUUAAUACAGCUAUGGUCAAAGGUAUCACCCUAUAGAAUUAACACUUUUGCUUCUUAAAGUGGAAUGAAAUCUGCUGAAUAAUGUUACAUUAACAUAUUGAAUUACACACCGCUUUGUAGUUAGAACCAUUGAAGGAGGGUUUGAUACUGGUCUGAGUGGCUGAACCUGACCUCAAUACAGUAGCAUGGCAGUGCCUGUGGAACGUUGCAAUUGACCCGCAGUGUUCAGAAACCUGAAGAAAAUGAACCCUGAAGAUGUGAGGCGGGAGCUCACCUAACCCUAAAGCUGCAGAGUCCCAGUCACGUUCACCUUUACAAGAAAAUAUGACUUGGUGUUUGUUUACAAUAUUCUUCUGAUCUUUGAUACAUCAGACUACAGUUUGUUCAGAGAAAACCGUGGACACACAUUUCUUCCCCUUUGAAACCUUCAUGCCGCUGUGUCACUACUUGCUAUAGUAAAAGACCAUGAUACGUUUCUGUAGACUGGGCCACCUUUGCACAAGAGUGCCCUAAAGGUCCCGCAAAAUAUACUGUACCCCCACUCCCACCCAGUCUGACAGUAUCCCUUGAGUGGAAUCUCUUGGAAGAGUUACUGCAAUACUUCUGCGUUAAGGAUGCUGGUAAUUGUGUUUCAUUCUUUUCUUUCAUUACAUUUACAGAUUACUGAUGAUAAUUAACUUCUCAACGUGAUGUAACUUGUGUAAUAUAUUCUUGUGACUUAAGCAUUGUUUUUUACAAGAACAUGUAUCUUCAGACGAAGUGUCUGUGCCCAGGCAAAGGUUAUCAUUGUGUUCCAUGUAUAUAUAUGUACACAUUUUCAUGUAAUCUGUGAGAAUAUUUUUAUUAAAAUAAUGAAUGAAUCUUU